AUGGCUGUACAGUAUCAACCUUAUGGAGAUGGCUGCACACCAUGGCUGCACAGUAUCAACCUUAUGGAUUUAAUUAAAAUGAUCAAAGUACCAAUAUGGAGGAAACGGCGUAAGGUCAUUGUUCCGACAUUCAUUUCAAAAGUCCUCGAGAAGUUUAUAGAAUUGUUCGCUGAACAAAGUGAAAUAAUGGUGAAGACACUGGAGAGUCGAUCGAGCUAUGCUAAUACUGUAGUCGAAGUCUUGCGUUUAGGUAUAGAGUAUUACAUACUAUACUCUGAUGUAUCCAAUGGACCCCAAGUUCGUCCAUGGUUUAACGCUCACUGCAGUCGCGCAGAUGCUCGACUGCGCAAAGCUCCGAGUACUCGGAAUCUGAAGAAAGCUUUUGAUAUAGUCGCCAAGAAGUGCAAAAGCGUGUUACUUAGGGCCAAGAUCGACCACGCGCGCCGCAUAGGGGCCAAUCUGGUCUCUUAUCCAGCAGGUUAUGGUAUAUUUUACAGAUUAUACGAUAUUUUCGGAGAUUCAGAAAGACCGGUUGUAAAGCAAGAUCUUACGAAAUUUAUAUAUUUGGAAAGAGUCAUUAAGGAGUCACUCAGGUUGUGUCCUCCAGUACCUUUUUCUUUAAGGAAGAUUUUCGAAGAUACUAAAUUACCUUCCGGUUACGUUCUUCCUGCUGGAACUGGAAUUCUAGUGCCCUUUUGCGGUGUCCACCGAGAUCCCAAGUACUGGGGCCCAGACGUUGAGAAGUUCGAUCCGGACCGCUUCUAGCCGGAACGAUUCAACCUUGAACAUUCGUGCAGUUAUAUGCCAUUUAGUUAUGGACCCAGAAAUUGUGUUGCUUACAAAUACGGCAUGCAGUCUUUGAAGACGGUGUUGGCGACAUUUCUGCGAAAGUACCGAGUAGUGGCUGAAGAGAACACCCUUCACAAUCCUAACAUCAGAGUGAAAAUGGAACUGAUGUUGAAAGCUGUUGUUGAGUAUCAAGCCAUCUUAGAAAGAAGAGUACCUAAGAAUUUGUAAAAGAGUGUAGACGGCUUUUAGUUGUUUAUAAGUUAAGGGACAGAAAGGCCAUGAUAAUAAAAUUAUGUAUACAGGUCUGGUGUUGGCUAUACAAAAAC